AUAUUGCUAUAACCGCGGUUUAGGCAGAACACAUUCUUUACGUUACCUUUGUGGCGCAACCGGCUUCAUUCAGUGUCAUCCUAUUUUAUUUGCUAGUCCAUGUUAUCUUGUUAAUCCAUCUUCUGUCAAGAUGUCAACUACUUCUACGGCCACUACCACUGAGACGGCAACCGUUGCCCAGGGGGUGCAGACCUUAACUUUAAAGCCGGCUAAGCAGCAUGUAGAGAUAUUUCGCAAGGACUACACGCCUACUAUAUACGAUAUAGACAGUGUCUUCCUCGAUUUUGAUUUACAUGAGACUGCUACUGUUGUGAAGGCUGAGUUAUUGAUGCAUCGCAAGGAGGGCACUGCGCCUGCUGACCUUGUUUUGCAUGGUGACGAGUUAGAUUGCAGAAGCGUGUCUGUUGAUGGCAAACCAUUAGAGAACAGGCCGUUAUCUGGUUACCAUAUUGACGAUGAUGGUUUUCUUAAUAUUCCCGUUUCAUUUUUACCUUCCAAGGCUGGUGAAUCUUUUAGGGUCAACACUGAGGUUGUGAUAAACCCUACUGCUAAUUUGCAAUUAUCAGGUCUUUACAAGAAUAGUCAGUUAUUCACUACUCAGUGUGAAUCUCAUGGUUUUAGGCGUAUUACCUAUUUUUUGGAUCGUCCUGAUGUUCUUUCUCGGUAUCGGGUUCGUCUUAGGGCUGACAAGGAUCAGUAUCCAGUUCUUUUAUCUAAUGGUAAUAAGGUUGACAGCGGUAUUGAUGGUAGCAAGAUAUUUGCUGAGUUUGUUGACCCCUUCCCUAAACCAUCCUAUCUUUUUGCCUUAGUUGCUGGUAAUUUGAAAUCCAUCAAGAAGACUUUCCGCACUAUGAGUGGCCGUGAUGUUCUUGUUGAGGUAUCAUCUGAGCCUGAGGACGCCACUAAGCUGGAAUGGGCCUUGGAGAGUGUCUUGAAGGCCAUGAAGUGGGAUGAGGAGUCAUAUGGUCGUGAGUAUGAUCUUGAUGAAUUCCACGUUGUUUGCACUCGUGCUUUUAACUUUGGUGCUAUGGAGAACAAGGGUCUCAAUAUAUUCAAUUCCUCUUUGCUUUUGGCUGAUGUGAACACGACCACUGAUUCUGAAUUCAAUACUAUUAUGAGUGUCGUAGGUCACGAGUACUUCCACAACUGGACUGGUAAUCGUGUAACAUGUCGUGAUUGGUUCCAAUUAACUCUUAAGGAAGGCUUGACUGUAUUCCGUGAAUCCGAAUUUGCUGGUGACAUGUCUUCACCUCUUAUAACUCGUAUAACUGACGUGCGUAAUUUGCGUACUUACCAAUUUGCUGAGGAUGCGGGUCCAUUGGCUCAUCCCAUUCGUCCUGAGAGUUACAUUUCCAUGGAUAACUUCUACACCACUACAGUCUAUGACAAGGGUUCUGAGGUUAUUGGUAUGUACAAGACUCUUUUGGGUAAGGAUGGUUUCCGCAAGGGUAUGGAUCUUUAUUUUGAGCGCCACGACUCCCAUGCUGUAACCUGUGAUGACUUCCGUGCGGCUAUGGCCGAUGCCAACGGUGUUGACUUGACUCAGUUUGAGCGUUGGUAUUUCCAGGCGGGUACACCUGAGGUAGAGGUUCUCGAGGCUGUCCGUGAUGGUACUACUUUCCGUUUACGUCUUCGUCAGUAUACUCCUCCUACUCCUCGUCAAGAGACGAAGUUGCCUUUCCACAUUCCCAUAAAGAUUGGUUUGUUGGGGAAGUCGUCUAAGCGUGACCUUAAGGGCAGUAUAGUUCUUGAGCUUCGUGAAUCCGAGCAGACCUUUGAGAUAAAUGAUGUGAACGAAGACUGUGUUCUAUCAUUUAACCGUGGUUUUUCAGCACCUAUAAAGGUGAAGUUCCAGCAGAGUGAUGAGGAUCUUUUGUUCUUGAUGUCUCAUGACACUGAUGGUUUGAAUCGUUGGGAAGCUGGUCAGUGUAUGCGCACUAAGGCUAUUUUAUCUAAUAUCGGAUCAGUGAAACCCAUUGAUGAUAUGAUUUUCAGUUCUAUAGAGUCCAUUCUAUCAUCUGAUUUAGACAACAAUGAGAAGGCUUUAUGCAUAAUGUUACCUGAUACGCAGGCCUUGGUUGCAGAUCUUGAGACUUACGACCCCAAUGCCUUAUGGGAUGCUAUGAAUUAUGUUCGCAGGUCGAUUUUGGACAAGUGCGAAUCUGUUUUUAGGCGUCACUAUGAGAGUCUUUCUGCGGAGAAGGACACCCUAGAGAAGGAUGAUAUGGCUCGGCGUUAUUUGCGCAAUACUCUUUUGGGUUAUUUGGUUUGUCGAUCGGAUGCUUCUGCUGUUGAGCUUGCUUUGGGUCACUACCGUGCUGCUCGUUGCAUGACAGACCGCUACUACGCCUUUGUCCAGCUAAUGAACAUGGAUUUCGCUGGUAAGGAUGAUGUUAUAGCGGACUUUUACGAGCGUGCUGCUGGUGACGCUUUGGUUAUUGACAAGUGGUUUAGUGCUCAGGCAUCCAGUGACUCCGCUGACUGCUUGGAUCGUGUGCGCAUGUUGUCUACUCACAAGGACUACACUAACAAAAACCCUAACCGUGCCAAUUCAUUGGUGCGUGCUUUUACUCGUAGCAUCCGCUUUCAUGAUCCAUCUGGCAGUGGUUACAAGUUUAUGGCUGAUCAGAUUUUAUUGGUGGAUCCUAUUAACUCCCAUGUAUCAUCGCAUCAAGCUAUUCAUCUGACUAAAUUCAAGAAGUUGGAUUCCGGUCGUCGUACGUUGAUGCUGCAGCAGUUAAACCGUAUCAAGUCAGCCAACAUUUCGAAGAACCUUUACGAGGUUGUUCAGAAAUCUUUGGAUUAUGCUAAGGAGCAGGGAUUUAGCUAUUGACUAUUGUAAUGUAUCAUUUCAUGUAGAUCGUGGCUUGCCUACAGAUAAUUAGCUAGUUUUGUGUAUACUAUAAUCUACUAUUU